AUGUCACCAUCCACCGAAUGGGAGCUGGUGCCUCCCGAAUCUGUGCUUCGCCAAUACACGCCGGCCAACGUUGGUCAGUACCCCGAUGCGCGCCUGGUGGCACUCGAUGCGUUCAUAGGACAGUUGGAAAAGGCUCUGCCUUCUGCUCUUGCAGGACUCAAGCGGCUCCGAAACAACCAAUCUUUUCUCUGCCGCUUCCCUCCAGAGAUCAUCUGCCACAUCAUCUCGCUCGCCAAGAUUGACUUUGGGUGGCCCACGCUUAACGCUGCUCGGGGUGUCUCCCCUGACUCGGACGAGGAGGAGGAGGCGCCGUUGAUCAAGAAUGGCGGGAGCUUGGGGUGGAUUGUCCUUACACACAUCAGUUCCCUUUGGAGACAGGUGCGAAAGAUGUCGGUUACACUUCAAGGACUGCACCAAACUGAAGAUUACCUAUCCCUUCAGGUCGCUCUAGGCGCGCCUCAUCUCUGGAACGAUCCGAGCGACUAUUUCGCGCUCCCGCCUCUCUUAUCGCGGCUAAUCCGCGAGAGGGCGCGGAAUCUUCCCUUCCGCCUGGAACUUUCAGCAUCCAGUCUCCGUCACCUGAGACGCUCCGGCCAUAAGAUCGUUUUGCCCGCGCGGAACAUUCCUAUUGCGGAGCUACACCUGUUGUUUUUUUCAGUCGGCAACUUCUGCUUCUUCGAGCGCGGCUACUUCUGUACUGUUGGUUGUUUCCGACAUCUCCGUGUAUUGGAUAUCAGCGUGCUUCUCGGCGAGGACGAGACCCCAGUGUCACUCCCAGCAGCACUCACAGCGAGCUCGUCUAUGACUCACGUGGAUCUCCACAAUUGUUUACCCUCACGCUGGGAUGCCUCUAUGUUUGGUCCCCAUCUCACCCACCUCUCACUCUCGUACACGGGGGAGCCCGAGGUACCCCAUCUUAUGCCUACAACUCUGGAGUUCUCCCGUAUACUGGCCGCUGCAACUGCGCUCAAGUCCUUCACUAUCGAUGGCAUCCACCUCCAAGGUCCAUCCUUUCCCUACCCUCCGAUGAGGUUGUCGCCGGAGUUGCGCACGAUGGAUGUUGUCAGUUGGCGCGAAACGGCUCAACACCGCGAUUCUUUGAUCUUUCUCGAGAACGUCGUUUUCCAACGUCCUAACGUGCGCAUGGAGGUCUCUCUCGGAGAUAUGGGCGGUGUUACGAGCGUCUUGUACGAUACCGACAUUGCAAAGGAUAUCCCAUCCCUCCUCCGCUCAGCCAUCCAGAAUCUCUACCGACAGCAGAUAGGACCGCCCAAGCACAUCAUCUUCGGGCACAAGCUGUUCCUUACACACGACUCCGAGACCGACCAAUCCCCUCAACGCGCUUGGCCCAUCUCCGUCAUGCAAUACAUGUAUAUGGAUAUACCCGAAGAGAAGUCUCUCCUGAACUUCGAAUUUGAUCUCGCUUCUAUCACCGACAUGUCCCGCUUGUACGGAGACGUUGCGCCCGUCCCUUUUCAUGGUCUCCGCACCGUGUCUCUAAAUUCACCGGGAGCAUGGACCCACAUGGAGAGCGGCGCUUGGUGGCGCGCGAUGAGGGACGCCGUGGACGUGCAUAGCAUUGCUGUCUACUUCGGCGAUUGCGCAAAGUUGCUGCCUCUCGUCGAGACCGUGUUGAAGGAUGGUGCCGCUGUCUUCACGGUGUUUCCUCGUCUCAAGCUCAUGCACAUUCACCUCAAGGCGCUUGUUCACGCUGACGGCGGCCCUGUAUUGGACGAAACGAAUGUGGAGAGCGCGCGAAUGCUCGCGGCGAUCCAGGCUAUAGUCCGCGUCAGGAGGGAGCAGAGCACGGAGUCGCGUUUGGAAUCGCUGGUCGUCGACAGCGCGUUGAGAGGGUGGACGAUAUGGAGCAGUCUUCAAGUCCCGGUUACCUUCUAUCGUUUUAACUCGCAUCAUCUCGAUGAUUGA